CUUGUAAACAAUAUGGUGGACGAUUAACUAUUUGUGAAGAAAAGUUUGUUAUUUUGAUCGUUUUUUUGAAAACUAGACUCAAUAAUUAACGAGAAUGGGGAGUAGGGAUCUGCAGUCCUCACUCAGAGAUGAGAGGCGGACAUUUCGCUAUGGCACAAACAGAAUGAUGGAUAUUGCCCUCCAGCAUGAAUUGGAUGAUGUGGCAAAGAAAUCAUUGGAUGAAAUUGUUGUUAAGAAGGAGUUGGAGCUUCAAAAGCCUCUUGAAAAUGAGGAGUAUACUUCCAGGAGAUUGAGACCAGCAUUUGCUCCUCAGAGAAAAACAAAAAAAAACAAAUCAGAGCCAGUAUUUCAUGAUGACCUUUUAAAGAUGAAACCAAAGGUCCCCCAGUUCCAGCUGAUCCCAAACAUUCCCCCUUACAACCCCCUAGACAGGUUUGGACAGCCCAAGGACAUGGAUGACAGGAUACGGACCUACCCUUACACCAGGGAGAACACUAUCACCACUGAAGGUAUGAGGCAAGCCAGGGUGACAUCUUUGGGGGUUCUGCCUAACAGAAAAAGCAUUGAGUCAUUUUGUUUCAAUGUUGACAGCCAUGGACACGGUGAUGUAAGUGACCUGAAAGUUGUCAUGGAGGGACGGCCGGUUGUUGAGGCUCGAGACUCACUUCUGGAAAUAGAGGAGGCCAACAUGGUACGUACAGAGACCCCAGGCACCCCAGACGAGCUUGAUAUAGCCCUGGAGCCUGAUUACGAGGAUGAGGUGCCAAAGAAGAAGCCUGCCAUCCUGGGCUCCGAGGGCACCACCACCCGGGUGUCCCUGGCAGUUCGCCCACCCAAACAGGCCCCACGAUCAACACUGAAGAGGAGGCAUAGAGUGAAGAGCUCCAGGAGUAUAGCUGAUUCGCUGAAGAGUGAGGAAAUCGUCCUCCCCGAUGAGAAGGUGUAUGAGAAAUAUGCUGAUGCAAUUGCUGAAAUGGACAAGGACUUAGAAAACGUGCAGACAGCAGUCGGAGAGCAGAGUCAGGCAGAGCUUAAAAUACCUACAGGGUUGGCAGAUGAUGAGGGCAGGAAAAGUGGAGCUUUGUCAGAGGCCGCAAAGUCUGUGCAGGACAUGUUGGAAGAGGCGAAGAAGAUAGCCUCCCCCGGGGCCGAGCCUGUAUUCAGGACUCGCAAGUCACCGCGAAAGAAGGAGGUGAAGAAGGAAGGCAAAAAGAAAGACAAAGGUCACAAGAAAAAGGACGAUGAAUCAAAGGAUGGCGGCCCCCGUACAGAGAGAACUGUCGAUGAAAUCAUAGCCUCCCUUCGCAGCCAGUCUCGUGCUGGACAGCAGACAGAGGCUGACCGUAAGAUACAAGAAAUCAUGGACAGGGUCAUGUCUCGAUCAAGCGGAGUCAGUGGUGAACCGGGUCAGGAAGAGCGGCCAGGGUUGUUACAGUUUCCUGAGACGACGGAGAGUGUUGGUCAGUUGGCGUUGCCCCUGGGGUCCCUCAGUUCUGGCCCCUCCCCCGUCACCCCCGUGACCCCGUACCUGACCCCAAGUCCCGGGGCAGAGUCCAGCAUGUCAGAGAAGAAGGACAGUGAGAUUCAAGAAACCAUUGAGGAAGAGGAAGAGGAGAAAACCGAUGAGCAAGACAGACAGGAGGCAGAAAAGUACCUUGAGGAAAGAAUGGAGACAGUGCAGCUUCCCCUUGUGCCACCAUCGACAGCCCAGAAGUUACCUUUGGUAGAGCCUUUGGCCCUGGGGGACUCCGAGUCAGAGGGAGAGGAGGUCAUUGACAUUGACAAGGCUUGGGAGGAGUACCGGAUGCCAAAUGUGACCCACGAGGACCUGGUUGGGAUCACAGGCAAGCAGGCUAUGCUAGAGGGCCGCCAUCCACCCCUACCAGGGUUCAAGUCCUUUGAAACGCCUGUACACUCGGACUCCGUCUCCUUUUUGUCGGCGUGGAAACCGGUAGGGGAUAAGCGCGAGAGGGAGGAGGAUGUUGAGGAGGAGAAAAGGCCAUCUAAGAGUGUACACCAUUUCUGUACAGUCACGCGGGAGUACCAGCUGCCAGAUGAGUUCUUGAACGUUGGCAGGAAGUACCACACUCCUAGCCGCUUCCAGUUUGCCAUGCCUGACCAACAGUACAGGUUUGGAAGUGGUGGCCCUGCCCGGCCUGGUGUGAGCCCAGUUGAGGAGGGCAGUGAAGAGAGACGAAUGUCAGCAGUCGCAAGGCGGGUAUUGGAGAAGGUUGCAGAGGAAGAAAGCGGUGCUGACCAAUCACUGGAGACAUGGAAACAACGUGCAGAACAAGUGUUUGAGAGGGACCCAGAAAAGGUGCUAGUGCAUGGAAAGCCGGCCUACAGUCAGUAUAAUGAGUCUCGAUUGUACUGGGCUCCUGCUCCACCCAAACUGGAUGUUGCACCAGCCAAGGUCAAGGACAUUUUGUUCCCAGAAUACCAGAGGCCAACAGCAGGAGUGCAGUCUCAGGAACUUCAAGAGGUGAUGGAGGAAUCAUCAAGCAGUGAGGAAGAGUUGGAGGAGCCAGAAAUCACAGAGGAGGAUCGUGAACAGAUGGAGCAAAUGGAGAGACUGUUGUUACGGAAGCAUGGGUCUCACGAGGACCUGACAACACUUGUGAAGGCAAGCCGUACACGUGACGAGGACAUCAAGGCUGGCCGCUUGUUCCCAUAUGAGGAAAGGAUACUCACUGACUCGGAGCGCGAGAGAGAGGAACUCAAUCUGAAACAAGCUGGUAUGGGAGACAGGGAGUCAAGUUUUGUUCAACCCAAGAGGGAGCUCUCAAUGUCAGACCUCCUGCCUGCAUUUGUGCCUUGGAGGAGGUCAAAAUCAGCCCCUGACCUGGCUGAAGAGGAAGACGACACACUGAUGGUGGCCCAAGACUACAAUUCAGCAAUGGAAGAGAUUGCAAGACAGAAGGCAAACAUUCGAGAGUGGAAGAUGCAGCGGAAACUGGAGCAGCAGCAGGCAGAGCUGGAACAGAAUGCAGAAAACAUGGAGGUGGAGGAGGAGGAGACCAUUGAUCAGCUACAGAGAGUUGAUCCCCAUGAGUAUCAGCCAGAUAUCUUGAAAGUACAUCAACCUAAAGAUGAGCCUACCCCAGCAGAACUGGCUCUUGCGGCAGGUAGAGCCUAUGUCAUUCUGCCAAAGAAGAAGAAAAAGAAGACAAAGUCAAGCGUCAGCAUGGCUCGGCUAGACGACAUCGAGACCUUCCUGAAGAAAAGGCCACGCAAGUUGAAGAGGGCAGAGUCCAUGAUCCGUAUACCUAAGCCCAUAGAGAAGGAGCUUAGAGUUCCAGCACGUAUACGUGAAGGGUCAAGACGGAGCAUGCCCGACAUCUUCAACUUCAAUGAAUAUGCAAGAAGGAAAGGGAAAAGGAAAAAUGCAGACCUUCGUGAGUGGACGAGGGACAUCUGGAACAACUGGUUUGAUGAGGUGUACCCGCCAACGCCAGAGGAUUCCGAUUACGAGGAGGAGGAGGAGCUAACGGAGGAGCAGAUUGCAGAGCGGGAGGAGGCUGAGAAAAUGAAGAAAAGGAAGGAUUCCCUGUCCAGCGCUGUUCCAGAGGGCAUGGAGUAUAUUGAGCCUAUCACUGAGACUGAUGAGACUCUAGAAGUCCACCAGAUCCUGAUGGAGGAGAUAGAGAAGUUGACAGGAGAGAUGGACAAGGUGUCCAAACCAUCUGCCUUCGACUACAGCCGCAGGGGAGCUCUCUAUAGGAAGAUUGGGUAUUUGAAAGCAGCUGAAACUGAUUUAUCCAAGGCCAUCCAGCUUGAGCCACUGUUACUGGACGCAUACUGGCACAGGCACCUGCUGUUGGUUCUCCAAGAUCGCAAGAAAGAGGCUCUUGAAGAUCUUACCUUUAUUCUUAAACACACAAAGAAUCACUCAGGAGCUUACAGAUCCAUGGCUGAGAUCUAUCAGAAGCAGGAUGACAUCACCAUGGCGAUUGUAAACUACACACAGGCUAUCAAGCUGAACCCGCGGGAUCAUGAGGCAUUUUUUGCCCGUGCAGAAUGUUACGAAAAGCGUGGGGACAUGCUCCUGGCCCUAGAGGACUAUUCUGCCUGUACAAAGAUCGCACCUCACAGGAUUGAUGCUAUUCUUAAACAUGGAAUGUACUACUUUGAAAACAAGAGCUGGAACAAUGCCAUCAAUGACUUCACAGACCUUCUCCGUGUAGAUCCACUGAAUGCUUCUGCACGGGUGUUACGGGGCCGAUCUUACGCAGCCAUGGGGCAGUGGAGCCCCGCUGUGGAAGACCUCUCAGCAGCCAUCCACCUUGAUCCAGGUCACUGGCAGGCUUUCUACCACAGGGCAUGCAUCCUCCGAAAAGCACAUCCGAAGCGAGCCCUACAUGACUACAGUGUGUCACUGCUGAUCAAAGACUCAGAGGAGAACAUCAGCUCCUAUCUUCACCGAGGUAUCCUCUACAACGCCAUGGGCAGACCAGAUGAUGCAAUCCCGGACUUUGAGAGUGUAUUGAAGCUGAACAAGGAUAGCGCCUGUGCGCACGUGAACCUUGGGCUCAUCAUGAUGAAUCACCAUGACAACUACCACAGGGCGAUCAAGCGGUUCAGUUCAGCCAUCAAGGUAGACCCUACCUAUGUUAGGGCGUAUGUGUGCCGGGGUGAGGCCUAUCAUAAAAUACAUGAGUUGAAGCUCGCUCUCCGUGACUUCACACGAGCGAUACAUCUAAGGCCAGAUGUCAAUCAUUACUACAUGUACAGGGGCCAACUUCUGCUGGAGUUGGGUCAGCUUGACCUAGCAGCCUUCUGUGUGAAACAUGCGUCAGAGAUCAGUAAUGAUGUGUCUAUGGGCCAGCGACCAACACAGCAGGCGGUGGUUCACUCCUUCCUGAAGAACUAUGACAAGGCUAUAGAUGCCCUUAUGCUGUCCACCCGUUCUAACCCGAAGCCUUCCAUGUACAUGCUGCUGGGGAAAACCCAGAUGAAAGCCAAAAAGUUCAAGGUGGCUGUGGACAGCUUCAACCUGGCUCUCAGCCUUUAUUUUAAAAAGCAAAAAGAAAAGCCGUGGAGAGCCCGAGACCCCUGGCCUAUAGAGGCGGCUGAUACCCACUACCUGAUUGGUCAAUGUCACAUGGAAUUGGCCAACUACCCACAGGCCCUUGACUCCUUCACUGAUGCCAUUAAGCUCAACACCAACAUGGCUGAGGCCCUGUACCAACGUGGCAUGGCCCGCAUGAAGUUGAAGAUGUCGAAGGGUAUCCAGGACUUCAACCGCGCCUUGGCCAUCAACCCAACUAUCUUCCAGGCAUACUUAUCCCGGGCCUGCUACUAUGGGGCACGCGGUAACUACACCAAGGCCAUUCUCAACUGUAAUGAGGCCAUCAAGCUCCAACCUAAGAGUGUCAGAGCUUUUCUGUAUAGGGGUGCCCUGAAGUACCACAUCAAGGCAUAUGACCUUGCCAUCCGUGACCUCUCCAAGGCGGCUAGUAUUGAAAGUACCUGCGCACUUGCAUACUUCAACAGGGCUGUCUGCUACCAGGAAAACAGGGAUUACCAGAAGGCAUUGACAGAUUAUGGCAUAGUUCUACUCCUUGGCGAUUCAUUGAAGCUAAAGGUGCUAAUCAACCGCGGUCUGCUGUACUUUGAGAAGAAAGACUACCAGAAUGCUCUGUACGACUUCAAGCUCUCCGCCAACAUCAGCACUCAUGACCACAAGAUUCUCCACACACUCGGACUCUGCUACCACAAACUGGGCCAGCUGGAGGAGGCAGUGCGAACAUUCACCCUGUGUAUCAGAAAUCAGCCCUUCUUCCUGGAUGGGACCAUCGCUCGCGGCAACGUCUACAUGGACUAUGGGCAUGAGAUGGGACUCAAAUAUGCUAUGCGUGACUAUGAGCGUGUGUUACGGAAUGACCCUAUGAACCUGCCAGCCCGUGUGAACCUCGCCUACACGCUCCAAGUGUCUGGCCACUUUAUGCAGGCAUGGAGACAGUUCACUACUGCUCUAGACCUCAAACCUAAUUACAAGCCAGCAUUGGAGGGUCGGUCGAUCAUCAACCUGCAGAUGAGUGACACGUUUGCAGCAUUCCAGGAUAUAAAUGUCGCUGUCAAGGUUAACCCGACUGCGGAGCUGCUCACUAAUAGGGGCGUCAUACACCAGUUCAUGGAUGACCGUGUGAACGCUAUGCGAGACUACCAUGCUGCCAUGGAGCUGGACCCAACAUACGCUCUCGCCUACUUCAACGCUGGCAAUGUAUCCUUCCACACCAGACACUUUUCCGAGGCCCUUGACUACUAUAAGAAAGCUGUGACCCACAACCCUAAAGAUGAAUCAGCUUUCUUGAACAGAGCCAUUACUAAGGUGAUGUUGAAGGAUUCAAAGGGAGCCCUGGAGGAUUUCCGGGCGGCAAUCAAGCUGAGCCCGUUCUCCGCCCACAUGUACCUGAACCGAGGAAACCUGUACGCCUCCACACAGCAGUACGAACUCGCAGAGAAGGACUACACUAAAGCGCUGGAUCUUCAGCCAGAUGAUCCAAUGGUGCUGAAGAGACGGGCGGACGUCCGCGGAAAACUCAGCAAGAAGGAAGAGGCGAUAAGCGACUACCGGCAAGCCAUCGAGCUUCAGGGACGCAUACAAUACCUGAAAACUGGCAAAUGAUGUGGCUGAAAGUUAGUGACCUGCAGAGGAUAAUGAAGAUGUUCAUCAUAAUGUCAUGCAUUUGGUUGAAGUGUUUUUGUGAUAUGGCAUCUAAAACUUUGCUAAUAUACAUGUAGUUUGUGUUUGGCCUCUGCAAUGACUUUUUAUAUGUGACCAGUAUCUUAUUGUUGAACAUGUAUUUUUUCAUUUGUGUUAUAAAAUGUGCUUGAAAGUUUGUUUGUUAUGCAGUUGUGAUACAUGUACUUUAGUGCAAGUCAUGUGAUCUAAGUAUUGUGAUAUUUAUGGUAUUUAUUAUGUGACUGUGUGAAAGUUUUAGUUUAUGUUGAAGUUUGUCAAUAAAUAAAGUUGAAAGUA